AUGGUUCCACUGACCGCUCCAUUGCCAUUUUCCCAUGUGCCCCACACGCCCCUCAUACCCCACACGCCCCUCAUACCCCACACGCCCCUCAUACCCCACACGCCCCUCAUACCCCACACGCCCCUCAUACCCCACACGCCCCUCAUACCCCACAUGCCCCACAUGCCCCACACGCCCCGCAUGCCCCACAUGCCCCACAUGCCCCACAUGCCCCACAUGCCCCACAUGCCCCACAUGCCCCGCAUGCCCCACAUGCCCCACAUGCCCCACAUGCCCCACAUGCCCCACAUGCCCCGCAUGCCCCACAUGCCCCCUCCCACCACUCAUGCAAUGGAGGCGGUGCAUCUGAAAAAGGAGCUGGGGGCACUGGUGCUGGCAGCAGCAGCAGCAGCAGCAGCAGUAGGAGUAGGAGCAGGAGUAGCAACAGAAGCAGCAGCAGGGUUGCUCCAAGCCACCCCCGCUGCAGCUGCUGUCAUAAACGCAGAAUUGGAGGAAAGGGAGAGAGAAGGGGGGUUGAAGGAGGAGGAGGGAAGAGCUAUGCAGCGAGGGCAGGGAGAGGCUGAGCAGCGAAGGCUGCUGGAGGCAGCAGCAAGGGCAGCAGCAAAGGCAGCUAGAGAUUGGAGGGAGGAAGAAAAUGCGCCAGCUCAUGCGGUAACCGGACCUGCUGACGUGGCGCUGGAUGCUGACCUGGCAGUGACGCUUUCUGACGGUGAUGGGUAUGGUGGCGCUGCUGAGAAUGUUAAGAGAGGGGAGGAGAAGAGUGAGAAGAGCGGAGAGAAUGGGUGUGCGACGGAAAGAGGGAGUGAGCGUGGUAGCGGGAGGGGGAGCAGGAGGGAGAGUGGGAGAGAGAGUGGGAGAGAGAGUGGGAGAGAGAGUGGGAGGCAGAGUGGGAGGGAGAGUGGGCGGGAGAGUGGGCGGGAGAGUGGGCGGGAGAGUGGGCGGGAGAGUGGCAGGGCGAGCAGCAGAGCAAGCAGUCGGGGGAGUGAGGGUGCUGGCAGUCCCAACGGCAAGCGAGGCAGUCCCGGCAAGCGAGGCAGUCCCGGCAAGCGAGGCAGUCCCGGCAAGCGAGGCAGUCCCGGCAAGCGAGGCAGUCCCGGCAAGCGAGGCAGUCCCGGCAAGCGAGGCAGUCCCGGCAAGCGAGGCAGUCCCCGGCAAGCGAGGCAGUCCACCAGCUGGACCGGGGCAGGGCGGCGGGAUGGGGGGGUGGGGGGAGGACAGAGGGAUGGGGCGGCAGGGGCAGGGCGGAAUGGUAAUGAAGUGGAUGCAGCAGGAGAGAGGGAUGGAGGAGGGGAGAUGCGGAGGUGGACGAAGGGCAGUGUUAGGGAAGGGGUAGGGGGGGAUGGAGGGAUGGAAGAAAGCGGCAAAGACAGUGGCUGGGGAGGAGGUUCGGAGAGGGGUGGAGGAGGGAUGGAGGAGGCUGAGUGUGCGCCUGGCAGUGCCUCUGCUGCCCCUCCCUCAUCUCCCCGCCAAUCUACUUCCCCCUCCGCUCCCUCCCCCUCCGCUCCAUCCCCCGUGGUUGCACUUGCACCCCCUCCUGCUCUCUCCCCCUUUGAUUCCCCCUUUCCUGCCUCUCACCCACUCACUCUCACCCCUGCAAACCCUCUCACUCUCACCCCUGCAAACUCUCUCUCGCUCACCCCUGCAAACCCUCUCACUCCUGCCAACCCACUCUUGAGUAACAGUCCCGCCCACCGCCGCUCCUCCUCUCUCAUCUCCCUCCCGGCACCCACCAGCAGAGGCAUGGGCCCCAUUGUACCUCACCCCACCGCCGGUCGUCAGCCAACUCAGAUUGGAAGGGAUGCACACAUUUCAAGGCGGGAUGCUGCUGCCCCACCAGCCCCUCCAUCAGCUGCCGCACCAGCCCCUCCUGCCCUUGGUGGGAACUCCCUUGCGAGUGCGGGGCGGGCAGGCAACAACCCACAUUCCAGGGCAGGGCAAGGCUGGUUGGAGGAAGGGGAAGGGCAAGGGGCCGAGAGGCGGGGGUGGUCGGGUGGUGAGCAGGAGAGGGGAGGAAGGGAGCGGAAGUCAUCAUCGCUGUGGGAAAAGUUCCAGGAGAUGAAGGUGGGGGGAGGGGUGGCAAUUGAGGCGCCUCGAAAUGCGACUAUUGAGGCGCCUCGAAUGGCGACUAUUGAGGCGCCUCGAAUGGCGACUAUUGAGGCGCCUCGAAAGGCGACCAUUGAGGUGCCUCGCGAGCAGGAGGGAGAGAGGGAGCGGGAAGCGGUAUCCCGGUGGGAGAAGUUCCAGGAGAUGAAGGUGGGGGGGGUGCCCAGUGGGGAAGGAAGAGGGGAUGCAGAGAAGCGAGGAGAAGAAGCGAGAGCGGGAGGUGUGGAGAGACAGCAGCUGGAGGGGAGGACAGUUGUGUUACAGUUAAGCAGUGUGUUGCAGCAAACGAGGGACUCAGCUGAACCAAGGACAAACAUCCCAUUAGGGGUGGAGCAGGAGGGAGGAUCAGCUGCGUCAGCAGCAGAAGGGGUGGAGUUGGGGGAGUUGGGGGAGUUAGAGGAGCUGCUGGGGCCACCGAGCAUUGUGGUGCCGCAGAGAAAGAUUCUCAAACACUUCGUGCCGCUGCCUGUUGCUGCUACUGCCCCUCUGCACCCAUCCGCUGCCCCUCUGCACCCAUCUGCUGCACCACCACCUGCUUCCGCCACUCCUGCUACUACUGCCACCGCUCAACACUCCUCCUCCGCCUCUCCUGAGACGCUCUCCUCGCAACAUUCCCUCUCCCAUCCCUUCCGCUUCGUCUCUCCCCCCACGUCCCUGCCGCCCCGUUCUCCUGCUUUCUCCAUCCUUCCAGAAACCACCACAGCCCCCACUGCUUCCCUCUCGCUCUCUCACUCGUCCUCAUCCCCAUCUUCCCCCUUUCCCCCUUUCCCUGGUCCCCCCACCAACCGCUCUGUCUCUCUGACUGCUGCGGCCUCUACUCAUCCCUCCCCCCCUUUACCUGGUUCCUCAUUUCCUCACUCGCCUCAACAGCCCUGGGCUGCUACUGCCCCCACUAAACCCUCAAUUCCUCACUUGCUCCAGCAGGAUCAAGCGCUCUUUCUGAAAACCGCUGUUGAGGCGGCACAUUCCUCCCAACCGCCACCAUCAGCAGCAUCAGUAGGUCCCUUGUUGGCAGGAGGAGCAAGGGCACCGGUUGCCAUUCCGCCACCAUCUUUCACCCCGUCUCCGCCGCCCCCUUUCCCCUCGCCACCCCACUCCACUGCACCACUGUUUGCAUCAGCUGCCCCCAUCCCAGUUCCACAGCUCUCCAGUCCACCUCCCACCUUCACACCUCCUACCAUCCCCCACCUUCACCGGUUGCCAGUCCCCACUACCGCUCCCCUGCAAUCUGAUCCCCUGCAAUCUACUCACCUUCAACCUACGCCCCUGCCACCUACGCCUUUUCAGUCGACCCCCCUGCAGUCCACUAUCGUGCAAUCUGCUCCCCUUGAAGCUGCAACCAGAAUCCCAGACACGCACAGCAGCGCGCUUGCAUGCAGCAGCACUGGUGAGUCGGUGAGUGAGGGGCCUGGUGGGAGUGGGGAGGGGCGGGCGAGUGGUAAGGGUGGGGAGGAGGGCGAGCAGCAGUACUACCAGCGGAGCAGGCAGAGGAGGCGGAGGAGGAGCAGACAGGUGUCUGUUUCACCUGUGCGGGAGAGCAGUGGUGGGAUAUCUGAGCAGACCCAGCAGCAGCAGAGUCAGCAGCAGCAGGCUCAGCAGCAGCAGAAUCAGCAGUGGCAGCUCCAGCAGCAGCAGCAGCAGCAGCAGCAGCAGCAGCAGCAGCAGCAGCAGCAGCAGCAGCAGCAGCAGGUUCAGUGGGAGCAGAUGCAGCAGAUGCAGCAGGCAUGGCUGCAGCAGCAGGCAGCCGUGAUGCAACAGUGGAUGGCGCAGCAGCAGCAGAUGAUGCACCUGUUGCUGCAAGCGCAAACGCAGCAGCAGCAGCCGCAGCAGCAGCACCAGUGGCAACAGCAGCAGCAGCAGCAGCAGCAACAGCAGCAGCAACUGCAGCACCAGCAGCAAUGGCAGCAGCAGCAACAACAGCAAUGGCAGCAGCAGCAGCAGCAGAAGCAGCAGGAACAGCAACAGCAACAGCAGCAGCAGCAGCAGCAGCAGCAGCAGCAGCAGCAGCAGCAGCAGCAGCAGCAGCAGCAGCAGCAGCAGCAGCAGCAGCAGCAGCAGCAGCAGCAGCAGCAGCAGCAGCAGCAGGAGGAACAGCUACAGCAGCAGCAACAGCAACAGCAGCAGCAACAGCAGCAGCAGCAGCAGCAGCAGCAGCAGCAGCAGACGGAGUCGAGAAGGCUGCAGAUGGAGCAGCCGGAAAUGCAACCGGUGCAGACACGGGAAGUUCAGACUGAAGAGCAGAUGGGGAGGGGAGAGCAGCAGGCGGAUACCAUGAAGGGGAUUGUGGGCCCGGAGAUGAAACAGAUGCUCAAACCUAACCGCCACGCCAAGCCUUCUGCCAUCCGCGCCACAUUUCGUUCCGCGCAUUCACAGAUCGAGGCUGGCGGGAUGCGACCAUCCUCCUCGUCGAAUGUUCUAAUCACGCUAUUAGACGGCUCGAUAAGAGCCGUGGACUCGCGAACCGGCGAGGUGAAAUGGACAUUCGCGUCCGGUCAGCCGCUUGUCUCAGCCGCAGGACCAGCGCAGGGAGCAGGAGCGGAAGGGGGACUGGCGGAAGGGAGGCUGGCGGAAGGUGUAGGGGGAAGGGGAGCGGAAGAGAGUGCGCCGGGGGGGAAGGCUAGGCAUGGGGCGGCGGAAAGAUGGGGCGGGGGAGAUGAGAUGGACUGGGACUACGAGGAGGAUGAGGAUGAGGAGGGAGAGGAGGAGUGGGGAUGGGGGGGAGUGGGGAGCGGAAGGGAGAAUGGUGCGCGUGGCAGUGGGGGUGGCGGGAGUGGGAAGAGUGGAGGGAAGACGGAGGUGGGAAAGGGACGGGGGAGAGGCGGGGGCAUGGAGAUGGUUAUUCCGGGUGUGAAUGGGCGCCUGUACUCGUACAGGGAAGGGCUCGGCUUGCAGGUACGUACGUGGAUUCCGUUCCACAGGCAUUGUCUUGCUUCCUUCACGCCUGUUGGGUAUGUCGUGCCACCCCUCUCCUCCCCUCGUUCUACUCCACACAAUGGAAACUGCUUCCCACUCCCGUCCCCACACAACGUCCCCCUGCCCCCUCCUCGUCUUACCUACCUCCCACAAUGUCCUGCCAACAGCCUCCCCUCUCUUUUCCGUAUCUCCUUCUCCCCCCCUUUUCGCCAGGAGCUGCCGAUAACAGCCAAAGAGCUCGUGUCCGCCUCGCCUUCAGUCACCCGCGACGGCGCCACCGUGAUCGUUGGAUCGCAGAAAUCAACGGCCUUCCUGCUCGACCCAGUCACAGGCGCCGUGCUGCGCUCUUUCGACCCGCUCGCUCCUCCGGGCGGCGGCGGCUUGUCCUUUUCUGCGACAAGUAAUGAUGGGAACGAGCAGGCGGACGGCCCACUGGCGGAGUGCCUGAAAAUGGCAGAAGAGGAGGGCGGCGAAGGCAUGGAGGUAGAUGGAGGAGUUGGGUUCCUGGAAGGUUCCAGGAGCAGUGAAAGGGACGGAGCAGCAGACGUGCAGCAGCAGAAAAAUAAAAACGAGUGUGAUCGCUUGCUCUCGUCGUCCCUGCUGGUGCUCCGAACCGACUAUGUGGUUCGGGCGGUGGAGCUCAGGUCCGGCAAGCAGCGGUGGAACGUCAGCUUCGGCGAGCUGAGCCCCGUGAAUGGAGCUCUGCUGGGCCUAGCGGGAGGCGUGGGGGGGGGCGUGGGGGGCGGAGCACCAAUUGGGGGAGUCUUGGGGGGAGCGCUAGGGGCAGGAAGGGGAGGUGGAGGGGGGAAAUCAGGGAUGGAUCUUACGGGUAGAGGCGUGUUUGAUGGUCAUGGGAGCGGGGUGCCUAACGCUGCUGCUGCUUCAUUGGCAGUGGCUAAACGACAACUCUUGCCAUCCAGCGUUUCUGGAGAAGAUUCGGAGUCGGAUAUUGAUCUGGGGAUUGGGGCGGGGGGACAAGGACAGGGGGAUAGGGACGAAAUUGGAGGUCCAGGGUUGGCAGGAUUCAAUACAGGGUUAACUGCUGCAGCUACCACGAGUAUAGACCCAUCGGAAGAGGGUAAUUCCGACAUCUACUCCAUCCAGCUGACCAACGCCCAGACAGGCCAGCAGGCAUGGCAGACGACUUUUUCAUCUGCCCCGCUCGCAGCGUUCACGCCCUCGGGCAGACUCGUGCAGGAAUUCGUGGCGCGCGAUUCGUCCAAGGACACGGGGCCCGGGCAGGUGCUGUAUGUGGGGCGAGUGGCAGGCAGCCCGUUCGCCCUCGUCACUCCCAGCGCCACUGACACACCCACCGCCGCUCUCCCCCUCCUCCCGGCCUCGCCCCACUCCCCCUCUGAUGGCCUGCCUGCUGGCAUGUCUGCAGGCAUGUCGGCUGGUGGAGGGGUGGGGGGUGGUGGUGCGGUGGUGGGUAGGACGGGCAAGUUCACAGUCACUGAGCCGCCCAGGAUUGCAGGGACGCGAGGAGCUGGAGGUGCUGCUGGGGAAGCUGGUGAUGGGAAUGCCGGUGGCGGUAGGGGCAGGGGUAGGAGUAGGUUUGGCACGGCUGGUGCAGGUGGCAGUGGUGGGGUCGGCAGUGGUGGGGGUGGCAGUGGGGACGAUUCGCUGUACCCCAUAGUGGUGAGGGCACCGGGGGCAGCAGCUGCUCUGUACGACGCCAUGGGGUGCGCUGACGCCCCUGCUGUGCAUGGGGGCGCUGACUUGGGGGGUGGUGACUAUGGGGCGCAGAGCCCCUGGAACAACCAUCAGGGACGCUCAGAGAAGCAGCCGGAGUUGAACAGGAAUCAACAGCAGCAGCAGCAGCAGCAGCGGCAGCAGCGGCAGCAGCAGCAGCAGCAGCAGCAGUACAGUAUGCAGCAGCAGCGAGCGCCAAGCCCAGUGGCAGCACACAGCGACAGGAGCAGCAGCAGCGCGGAUGGGGAGGACUUGCUGGGGUGGACCGGCAUGAUCAGCCUGUGGGGGCGCGGCACUGGCGCCGGCGACACUAUUGGGGUUGCUAAUAACGCGGAUAUGGAGUUGGGUGCAGGCAGAGGGGAGAAGAACCGGCGUCUUGGGCCUCCUAAGGACAUGGAGCCUGCUGUGGGGCCCCAGGCCCCGCCCACCCCGCCGAACCUCAUGACCUCGUUCGGGAUCCUCGCUGCCGCAGCUGCCACCCUGGCUGGGAUAGUCGCCGGUGCUUCGGUAUUCUCUUACUCCUCCUCCUCCCCAGCCCCGUCUUCUUCCUCUGCUGCUGCUGCUGCUGCUGCAUCUGGCCGGGGUGGCACGCCUGUAAGGAAUCAGAGGCUUAAGUCGCAGCAGAGGCAGGGUUCCUCCUCUCACCCUCCCAGGCAUGCUUUACACAUGAAUGGUGCGCCCAGUGGCAGAGGAACGUAUAGAGGAGGGGCUACUAACGAGGAUGGGCUGUCGUGGGUGGCACGGGGGGUGGUCGCGCUGCUGCCGGCUUCCUUGCAAGAGUGGGCGGCUGAGGGGCUGGGGGGGGGCGGCAGUGGUAAUAGCAGCAGCAGUAGAAAACGAGGCAAGCAGGGGGCGGGUAGGAGGAACAAGAAUCUGGAAGGAGCGGCAGUAGCCGAAGCAGCAGCAGGGGGGGCGGAGGGAGAGCCACUGGGUAAACAGCAGGACGACCUGGCCAAUGGGAUCGUGCCACCUGGACUGGACGGCACAGGGGAUCCAGGCAGGGAGGAUUCGGGGCAGGGCGAAUCUGCGGGAGGGAGGCUGAGCAGACUACUGGGGAGUGUGGGCAAGCUGGGCAGUGGCAGUGGCAGCAGGCAGAGCAGCACAGGGAAGCUGGUCUCCCGACGAGGCAGCCGCGACAAUGAAGGGCCGGGGGAGGGCGCGGGCGGGGGUGGGGCUGACACCGGCACAGCAGGCGAGGAGGAGAGCGAGGAGGAUGCGGAGGAGCGGGAGGAGGGGCGGUGGGUGGGGCGGCUGUUUGUGUCCCGGCGGGUGAUCGGGCACGGGAGCCACGGGACUCUGGUGCUGGAGGGGCGGCUGGAGGGGCGGCAGGUGGCGGUGAAGCGGCUGCUGUCGCAGUUCUACGAGCGGGCGAGGCAGGAGAUUGCUGCACUGAUAGCCACGGACGAGCAUCCCAAUGUGGUGCGGUGCUUUGCCAUGGAGGAGGACGAGUCGUUUGUGUAUGUGGCGCUGGAGCGGUGUGCGUUUAAUCUUGCGGAUCUUGUUCUCGCGUGCCGGGCUAGCCUCGCUGCGGCUAUGGCACCACCACCUGCUGCCGCUGCUGCUGCUUCUGGUUCAGGUGCUGCUGCUGGUGAUGCUGCGGCUGCGGGGCCUGUCUCUUCUCCCUCCUCCGCCUUGUCCUCCGCCAACAAGCCUCCCGCCAGCCCCUUCCAAACCUCCUCCACAUCAACCACCAACACCACCUCCUCCUCCGCCUCCUCCACCUCCUCCUCUCACUCCUCCUCCUCCUCGCUCCCUCCCUCCGACCCGCCUCUCCACCUCAAAACCCCCUCGCUCUCGCUCCGCCUCUCCCCGUCCUCCUCCGCCGAGCGGGAAAUUAUAUCAGCAGCACUGGAGCGGGUACAGGCCUACUGCACCUCACAGGGCGUGGGGGUGCAAGGACUGUGCCUGUGGGACGACAAGGGCCAGCCGACACAGCAGCUGGUGGGGCUGUUGAGGGAUGUCGCAAGCGGGCUUGCUUAUCUGCAUGACCAGAGGAUUGUGCACCGGGACUUAAAGCCCCACAAUGUGCUCAUCUCGCUGCUGCUGCCCAGCCGGCACCGGCAGCGCGGGCAGUCGCAGGCUAGGGUCCGGAUGCGGGGCAAGCUGUCAGACAUGGGGAUCAGCAAGAGGCUCGGCGACGGAGCAAGCUCGUUCGACACGAUGACAGCAGGCUCGGGCAGCAGCGGGUGGCAGGCACCGGAGCAGCUAGAAGACGGGUCAAGGCUGACGAAAUCGGUGGACAUGUUUUCGUUCGGGUGCCUGGUGUUCUUCUGUGUGAGCGGCGGCAGCCACCCGUUUGGGGAGUGGUUUGAGCGCGAUGCGAACGUGGUGGCGGGGAGGGCAGACCUGUUCCCCAUCGAUCACGUGCCGGAGGCGCUGGAUCUAGUGGCUGCUCUGCUUGACAGAGACCCUGAAAAAAGGCCGUCAGCGCACGAAGUGCAGAGGCAUCCCUUCUCGCUGGGCAGUACUAGGGCUGAUUUCAAGAACCCCCAAACGCAAUCCCAUCCCCUUCCCCCCUUCCCACCAUCCAUCUCCAGGCCCCCAGCGCACGAGGUGCAGAGGCACCCCUUCUUCUGGCCAGCAGAGCAGCGGCUGGCCUUCCUGCGAGACGCCAGCGACCGCGUGGAGGGGGAGGACCGCGAGGCCCACUCGCCCCUCUUGAAUGCCCUAGAGGCAGCAGCGCCCAGGGCUAUAGCUCGCAAGGGGGGGAUUAGCAGGGCGCCUGGGGAGAAGGGUGGCGGGUGGAACGAGCGUGUGGACGGGGCGCUGCUGGGGAAUCUGGGGAAGUACAGGCGGAGAAACUCUCACUCCCUCGAGCGCGCUAACCACGCGUCGUCGUCUCUCCCUGUUGUUCGACGGGCGUCUCGAUCGCGAGUGGUCAUGGCGUCAGCGUCAGCGGCGGAGGGGGGAUCAGCGGCCGCGGCGAGUAGCGAGGAGCUGGCGGAGUUCGUGUCGCGCGACAACCGUCGCAUGCUGCACGUCGUCUAUCGCGUGGGCGAUCUGGACGCCGCUAUCAAGUUCUACACGGAGUGUCUGGGCAUGAAGCUGCUGAGGCAGCGCGACAUUCCCGAGGAGAAGUACUCCAACGCAUUUCUGGGCUACGGCCCUGAGACCUCCACGUUUGUCGUGGAGCUCACUCACAACUAUGGCGUGGACUCGUACGACAUUGGAGCGGGCUUUGGCCACUUCGGCAUCUCUGUUGAUGAUGUGUACAAGACGGUGGAGGUGGUGAAGUCGCGCGGCGGCAAGGUGACUCGCGAGGCUGGCCCUGUGAAGGGCGGACAGAGCGUCAUCGCUUUCGUUGAGGACCCGGCUGGGUACAAGUGGGAGAUUAUUCAGCGGCCACCUACUCCCGAGCCACUGUGCCAGGUCAUGCUGCGAGUGGGAGAUCUCGACAGGGCAAUCAAGUUCUAUGAGAAGGCAUAUGGCAUGAAGCUGCUAAGGACAAGGGACAACCCACAGUACAAGUACACGAUAGCCAUGGUGGGGUAUGGCCCAGAGGCGGAGAGUGCAGUGGUGGAGCUCACAUACAACUAUGGCGUUGAGUCGUAUGAGAAAGGCAACGCUUACGCACAGAUCGCAAUAGGAACGGACGAUGUGUAUAAGACAGCAGAGGCCAUUCGGGCGGCGGGUGGGACCAUCACACGCGAGCCGGGCCCCAUUCCCGGCAUCAACACCAAAAUCGUGGCGUGCCUCGACCCGGAUGGGUACAAAACGAAGGACCCAGUCCUCGCUGCUCCCCUCACCGCCCCUCACCGCCCGUCACCACCCAUCAUCUCCCUUCACCUCCCUCGCCUCCCCGUCCGCAGGGCAUUCGCCACGUACUGCCUGGUGGGCGGGUGUUGGGGCGUGCCUCUCUCGUUCAUCCUGGGCCCCUGGGCGUACUGGCUCACGUGUGUGCCGUGCUACGCCUCGCCUCGUCCCUUGCUCCCCUCUCCCUUCCCUUCGUCCACAGAGCAUUUGCGACCUACUGCCUAG